AGCGUUUAUUUGGAGUUUUGCGUUACAGAUUAUCAAGGUUACCAAGUUCUUCGGUUUGGUGUUUGGUCACAUAUUUCUUUCGUAAAAUCUUAUCCAAACUGUUGUCCCAUCCAAAUAACUCCCCCAGGCUUACUCGUCGCUUCAGCCUGGAGGGUGUAAAUAAAACCCUUGUUACUUUUCCCUCCGAAGCACUAAGCGAUCGUCCAUCUACACCGUCUAUAUCUGUUCUCGAUGUUUACGACAUAGCUGCUUCAAUUGGUAAAGAAUUUGAGUCUAUCAUUGAUAAAUAUGGGCCGUACUCAGUGUCCAACUUAAUGCCUAAAGUGAUAAGCGUCCUUGAAGAAUUGGAAGAUUUCGCAACAAAGUUUGAGUCUGAAGGUAGAGAAAUUAUUACCCUUCAAACUGCCGUACACCGGUUAGAACUUGAAAAGUUGGAACGUAAAGAAGAUCAAAAGAGGCAUAAAAAGGAGCUGGAACAAAUUGAGGAGACAUGGCAUUCUGAAGUUCAGGAACUUUCCCAACUAAUUGAGAAGUUAAAAGAAGAAAACAAACAACUUAAAGAUGCAAUUGAAGAUAAUGAAGCAUCGACUAACCAUUCACCGAUUCCAGCUUGUUCUGCAAAUUCUACAAAUGUCGAGGAAAUACAACUUAUGAUACGCCUUAAAGAAGUUAUAGACCGUCAGAAAAUACUAAUUCGUUCAUUACGUCAACAGCUUACUCAAAAACAUGUUGAUUUAGAUGCGAUGCAACAACAAGCCACACGUUUAGCCAAACUGAAUGCAUCACUACGUCGUAAACAUUUUGUCAGUAAGCAACAAGCAGAUCAAUUACGUGAAGAGAAGCUAACUUUAGAGACACAACUCAAUACAAAAGAUCAGCAAAUUAAACAAAUGGAAGAACAUAUCCAUCAUAGUAAUAAUAAUAGCAAUAAUACCGAAUCAUCUAUUUGUAUUGAUAUGUCGAAAUCCUUAAUUGCUGAAUUGAUAUCUCCAGAGACUCCGCCUCCACAGUUAACAGAGGAACAGUUAGUUAAACAACUUAAUGCUGAAGGCAAAAUGAUUAUUGAUGGUCGUAAUCCAAAUCGUCCUCAUUUCACCCUUCAAGAACUUAGAAAUGUUUUAAUCGAACGUAAUGAAUUAAAAACACGUCUGAUUGAGGUUGAAGAAGAACUAUCAGUUUAUAAAAGAGCUGGGGAUGAAGAUCCUCCUGUACAAGGUCCUAUUAAUCGUGAACCGGAUGAAAAACUCUAUGGAACUUUCAGACCAAAUCUAGGCGUCAAAAAAUUGUACGUUUUACUAUAUUGCUUUGUAUCUGUUAUUUUUCUAUGGGAGGCAACCGACUGCCUGCAGUAGAGAUGAAUGCAAAUCGCAUUUUAAAACUCUAGAAUUAUUUCCAGUAACCUUCAUAAUAACAAUGAUAUUUAUAUAUCAGAGAAGUUAACCCACUAAGAAAUAGUAUAUCCCUAUUCUCCUUCGAUAUAGAAGUGAAAACACUCAGUUGAUAUCCAGUCUUUAUCUAAAUAACCAAUUGAAUACUUCCCUGUCUUUCGUUGGUUGGUCAACUACCUUUUAUUUUUUGUAAGGACGUCUUGUUGUAUUAUGUGUUUAAAUAACUCUUUAAUUCUGCUUUUUUUUGUCAGAAGUCAUUUACUCAUUACAUAAUGUAUAUUAAUUAAUACGUCAUUCAACCUAAUAUUGUUAUAACUAUAUUUUCAUGCAAUAUACAAUUAUUGGUUGUUUUAUUACCUAAGCUAUUGAAUGAAUGUAUUAGUAUUAAUGAUACAUGUUAGAAUGUAUGACCUUCAACAAGCAGUGGUCACUGAUGAAUAUUAUUUUUAUUAGCACUAUGAGUAUGGAUUGUAUUGAUGAAUUUUUCUUGUUAGAACAGCUUAUUAUGAUGAUGUAUUGAUUGGUCUAAUGUUUAUGUAAAACACAUUUUCCAUAACGAUUUUUAUAUUUGGUAUCAUAACCGAGGUUUGACUUGAUAAAUUUAAAUAAACUGAGUGUUGGGUAGAUUUUUAUUAAUCAAAACAAUAUAAUAAUACAUCACAAUUGUACUAUUUUUAUUAUAUUUAUAUUAGUUUUAAUGAAUUGUGACAGACAACAGUAAUGUAUCUGUUGUUCAUACAUGUCAUGACCUAUGAAAGUUGAUGGGAUUCGCUGUGUUCAUGAAACUAUAAUUCCCACCGAAUGAUUAUUUGUGCCCAUGACCUAAGACCACCGAGAGAGUAAGAUUGAUGUUAAGCAUAUAAUCACAUGGACUAGUCACAUGGGUACUCCUCUAACUGUAACCGUUCUAGUGUUGUUGAUGUUUUUGAUUUCUGAUGAAGGAGGAUAGUUGAUGAUGGUACUAUCAAUGCGAUACUGUAGAAGAAAACCGUUCUUGUAAAGGUAAACCUUUUAUCCUAACCCUGGUCUGUUUUUAUCUGUAAGAUAAAUUUCUGAAAAACUAUUGAAAACCGUGAAUUCCUACCGAAAACUGCUUUCACUGAAUCGCUCAUUAGUCAACUAAUCGGCAGAAGUUUGUUUUGCCCUGAUGCUUUAAUAAUUUAAAUCUGCCUUGCUUUUAACCCUCGUGUUUUGAUUCCUUUUUGUUUUCCUGGUUUUAGUUUCGAAAGUCUUUUAUCGAAAUUAAGUCAAUAACUCCUCCAAUUAUAUAUAUUUAUGCAGAAUUAUAUACACAUGUUUAUGGUAAUUAUCUACUUCAAUGAUACUAAAAUCGGCCAUACAUAAUCUCUUGGGUUCUUCUUAAAGGAAUUUUCAAAAAUCUCUCAAUUAAAGAGAAGAAAAUUGUGGUUUGAAAAAAAUGUUCUUCAGAUUUUACUGUUUCCAACUUAUGUUUUUUUUCCAGUUUUAAAAUGAUCUAUUUCAUGUUUACUGCAUUUAUAAAACGUACUAUUGCUAUUAAUACUUCUUACAAAUGUAUUGUUGAAAUAAAUUCAAAUGGCAAUGAUUAUUUUGGUUUUUUUAAAUGAUUAUUUACGGUAAACUUGUUGUAUUUUAUCAUAACUAAUUGUUUCUAUGUCAACUGUGAUGUUUUUCCGUUGGUGUUAAUUUCAUAUCGAUAAUGUUUACAAUUAUUUUACUAUAUUCCAUAUGUGAAUUUGAUUUCAGAAAAAUCAUUCCAUUUCUGUAAUACAUUUCUUUUAUAAACUGAAAUAACUAUAAACAAAGCGUAAUUAUUUUCCUUAUUUGCUGUCUUUCAUCAUCAGAUCGACUUCACUUUUAUUGCUUUUGUCCUUCUCUUCAUUCCAACGCUCACUGUCCACUUUAUAUCCUAUUUCAUUAUAAAAUUUGUAUAUCCCUUAACAAAUUUAGUAAUUAUAGGCUAUUUUCCUUCAUGAAUCUUCAAUUGUUCAUUGUUGUCUCUGUUUAAUCAUUUUAAUUCUUAAUCUUUUGCGUCAUUUUCAUCUUCAGUUAUUCAUUUAUCACUCAGUUACACCUGUUACUCCUCUUGGAAGAGCACAGGCUGCCAACCAGCAUUCUCCAUCUGACUGUGAUUCAUUUAUCACGUUAAUAUUUAAUUCGCCAUAUUGAGUUGUGUUACAUCGAUUUACUGCUUUAUUUAUAUCCUUUAUUUUAAUUAAUUAGAUGAUACACUAUCAUGUUUUUCUCACUUUAUUGUUUAUAUAUUAAAUUUAUGAAAUUAAUACUGAAUUCUGUUUGUUUAAUUUUAAUAAUGUUUAAAUUCAUGUACACAUUUAUCUGCAAUAUUUAAUUUAUUGUCGGUGUAUCUAUGUACGAUUGUAUUACUAGAAAGGAUAAAUGACUGAAACUCUUGCAAUAUAAUCAAUUGUAUGUAAUCUUGAUUAUUUCAAUGAGAGAAACCUCACUUAUUAAUCAAUAUUUUAUUGUGACUUUAUAUCAUUUAAAGGCAAGAUUCAAUUACUGUUAUAGUAUCCCUGCAUAUUAUAUUGUUAGUGUUCACGAUUGAAUGAAACAUUAAACGCUUCCCUAUUUUUUUGUUGUUGACAAAAACGGAAAAGGAAUAUUAGAAAUGAAAUGAACACCAUUAUUUUUCACAUCAAUAUGAUAAAAUACAAACUUAGUUAUUAUUUAUCAGACAACCUAAUAUCACAACUUUGGCAUAUGUUUAAGUAGUAUUUAUCAUGAUAAUAUAUAAUUGAUCAUUUUACCUUAGCCACAUUUUAGGAUCGGUUGAUAAAUUGACUGAUAGCAAAGUCUGUGUACAUGGUUAUCAGAAAAAAAUCAAUAGUAAACAUGAAUAAUUUUCAAAAUACCUAGCAAAGAUGACAUUUAACUACAAUUUACCAAACUGUUUUUUUUUAAUUAUGCCCGUCUCUUCAUUAACAAUUAAUUACUAACUAUUAAUGAAUAAAUAAAAGACCCCCUUACAGUAAUAUACAAUUAAGCCGAUACUUGAACAUCAGUAUAACUGCCCCAAAAUACCCUGGUGCGGUCGAGAGUGGGGAGAGUCCACUCUCCCUUUCGAAAUGCCCUAGCAUCACCACGCGUAUAUAGCCUCUGCCAAGAAAGUUCUACUCACUGCCUUCUCGUGGCAAAGGUAUUGUUUACGAAAUUGAGAGGAUGAAAAGCGAACGUCCGGCGCUUUAAUCGAGUUGGUGGACAUGGAUAGUCCACCAAGGGGAGUUGGAAAACCCUGAUUCCAAACCAAUGGUGUACAUGGGCUCCAGGAUCCUGAAGGAACAAAUGGCGUAUGAACCAAUCGUCGGUCACCGACUACCAUGGGACUGCAUCUCCUUACGAUGCUUCACUGCCUUGUGGAUCAGACAUUUAGGUCGAAGGCUCUGGGUGUAGGCCCUUAAGAAAACCACCUGGUUCGGUUUGGACACCCGGGCAGUAUCACAGCCCUCACACAAAUCAAAUGAGCUUAGUGUGGCGCAUAUGUAUUUGGUGCCUCCUUGUACCAACAUCUAUGUGUUACAAUAAAAUAAAUAAUAGUAUAACUGGGCUAUAAUCUACAUUUGUAGAAAAACAUCUUGAACUGUUCAGUUAGUAUCCGAAGUGAAGUUUAUUGGAAAAUCGGGUUUAUGCCUGUUCAAACUGAACGUUUACAUUGCUGAUCCAACUUAGUUUUAAAAUCUGCCAUCGAAGCUUAUGUUCUAGGUAAUUUUAAAUAUUGUUACUUUAAGAUAUGGAAAUCUAGCUGUACAUUAACAAUUUUAUUCCAUUGAUCUUAAUACUAAACGUUUUCGUUUUUUAAGCAGUAUAAAACCAUUUUUACAGGUGAUAUAGAUCCUCCCCCAACUAGAUACAGGCCAAAAAGCAGAUGCACUGAAUUCAAAAGACAUAGCAGUUAAAAGGUUCAAACCUGACCUUGGUAACACAAGCGAAUUGAAGAUUUUGACUUUUCUUCAGUUAAUUGUGAUCACAGUCUAGUGAGUUGAACCUACAGGUUCUUCCUUUAAAAUUUCAAGAUGUUUUGUUUUGUCAUGUAAUAAUAUUCUAGAAUUAUCAUCUUAAGCAAUUAUGGAACAUCACUUUUAAACGGUUGAUUCUUAACUUUACUCAAAUUUCUAACAACUUAUUUGUUAUUGGUUGAUAAUUCAUUUUUAAGCAUUCUGUUGAAAAUUUGAAUCAGUUUAACUUAAUGGCUUGUACAUUACUUUUGAGAGGGCAACGAAAUACAAUGAAUUCACCAUAUUGUACAAAUACUAUGUUUUCGUUUUGUUUAAUUCAGUAAAGG